AUGUUCUCCAAGCAAGUCCUCGCCCUCGCUCUGUCCAUUGUGGCAGCUGAGGCCGCCAUGCAGGGUUUCAACUAUGGCUCCACCAAGACUGAUGGCAGCUACAACUAUGAGGCCGACUUCAAGACCCAGUUCGCUACCGCUAAGAACCUCGUCGGCACCUCCGGUUUCACCAGCGCCCGUCUGUACACUAUGAUCCAGGGCGGCACCACCAGCGACCCUAUUCAGGCCAUCCCCGCCGCUGUCGCUGAGGACACCUCCCUCCUGCUCGGUCUCUGGGCCUCUGGCGGCAACAUGGACAACGAGAUUGCCGCCCUCAAGUCUGCCAUUGACACCUACGGCGAGUCCUUCACCAAGCUGGUUGUCGGUAUCUCCGUCGGCAGCGAGGACCUCUACCGCAACUCGGUUACUGGUGUCAAGAACGACGCCGGCGUUGGUAUCGACCCCUCUCUGCUGGUUACCUACAUCAAGCAGGUCAAGUCUGCCAUCUCUGGUACCACCCUGAGCGGCGCCUCGAUCGGUCACGUCGACACCUGGGACGCCUGGACCAACAGCACCAACUCCGCUGUUAUCGACGAGAUUGACUGGCUCGGCUUCGACGGCUACCCCUACUACCAGACCACCAUGUCCAACGGCAUCGAUCAGGGCAAGUCCCUGUUCGACGACGCCGUGGCGAAGACCAAGGCCGUUGCCAACGGCAAGGAGGUCUGGAUCACCGAGACCGGCUGGCCCGUCAGCGGCCCUAACGAGGGUGACGCCGUCGCCUCCGUCGCCAACGCCAAGCAGUACUGGGACCAGGUCGGCUGCCCCCUCUUCGGCGAGACCAACACCUGGUGGUACAUGCUCGCCGAUGCUGGCUCCAGCCCCAGCUUUGGUGUCACUGGCAGCACCUCCAGCACCAACCCCUUGUUCGACCUCUCCUGCGGCAACUCUACCUCCUCCAGCUCGGCUUCCGCCUCCACGUCCACCAGCAAUGCCGGCGCCGGCAGCACUGGCUCCCAGUCUGGCUCUGCGUCCUCUUCCUGCGUCACCGGUUUCGCUACCUCCACCUUCGGUGUUGCUGCUGGCUCGGGCUCCUCCUCCUCCUCCUCUUCUUCCUCCAACUCCGUCGGCUCCUCCGGCUCCGGCUCCAGCUCCAGCUCCGGCAGCGCCGCCGCUGCCUCCUCCUCCGUCCUGAGCACCAACUCUGCCGCCCGCUCCUCCGGCUCGGCUUUCGGUGCUCUGGCCGCUGCCCUGAUUCUUGCCAUUGCUGUUUAA